AAAAAUGAAAUUUUAAGCCAUAGAUGAAGAUACUUUUCAUACAUAUACAAAAGGACUGGCAAUCGUGGACCAUCAAAAGCGAAUUUGAAAUUUUGAAUAAAUUUGCGGAGAGUGGAAGAAGCAUUACCAUCGGCUAUGCCGGUGGCAUGUAUGCAUUCGGCAGCCUCUUUCCGUUACUCGCGAUAAUUCCGAAAUUAAUCGACAAAAAUGUAACUUCCGAAUAUUCAACGCGACCAAUGGGAUUCCCGUAUCACGUAGAAUACUACAUAGAUCUCAAUAAGUACUACUAUCCCGUGCUGAUUCAUAAUUACUUAACGACCGUCAUUCGUCUCACUACCAUAGUCGCGUUCGAUACCUACGUGGCUAUUUUGGUGCAACAUUGCUGCGGAUUGUUUUCAGUUGUUAGAUAUCGACUAGAGUAUAUACGAAAUUCCAUCGAGCAAGAUAAGGGACUCGUUUCGCUCGAGGAAGAUGAUAAGUUUUACAAAAAUUUUGUAUAUUGCAUACAAAAACACAAAGCUGCCUUACGAUUCGCGAGGUGCUUGGAUUCUCUUUACACAAAGGUUUUCUUCGUAGAAGUCGGUUUAGUUAUAUUGGCUAUGAGUAUGUCGGCUCUACAGGCAACCAGUGGUAACCUCAACGCACAUCUCGCAAUUCGACAUGGGGCAUACAUUACUGCUCAAUUACUACAUUUAUACAUCGCCUGUUGGCUAGGACAGCAAGUAAUCGAUCAUAGCAAUCGCGUGUACACAUCGACUUAUCGAGGUGAAUGGUACGAGUCAUCGCCCAAAUCCAGGAAGCUCUUGAACAUGAUAAUGAUGAGGAGCACUUUGCCUUGCUCGUUGACCGUUGGAAAGAUCAUGAUUCUUUCUCUUCCGAGUUUCAGCGCAGUCGUACGUGCAUCUGCUUCGUAUUUCACAGUCUUUCGAUCCGUACAGUAAUGUAAAACUCGCUCGCUUGAAAAAUAUAAAAUUAUU